CUUGUUACUCACUGUCACAUAUGCCACUAAAGGACUAGAACCAGUUCUUGGAGUAUAAGUCUGAUUUACAUGUGGUCAAGAAGAGGAUGACUGAGAAGAAUCAAACCUCAGAGAUCUACAUGCUGACUGGGGAGAAGGAACAAAUGGAGUUUGAUGAAGUUGCAGUUUAUUUCUCGGAGGAGGAGGAGUGGGGCUGUUUAACUGAAGAACAAAAAGAGCUUUAUAAGGAUGUGAUGAUGGAGAAUUACCAGACCCUCAGGUCUCUAGGUAAUAAUUUAUAUAACUCUACAGGAAAUGGGACAAAGAGGAAAACACAUAUAAGUGAUACAUAA